GGAAAGGAAAGGUGAAAAACAACACAAGGAUGGCCGAAGAAGCAAAACAAAAUUUGAGGUCAAAUAUACGAGUCUUGUACCCUAUGCGUUUCUUCUUCUGAGUUCUCGUUAUCCCUCCCAAGUCGAAACCUGAAGCUUUACGAAGAUGUUGAGGAUUGCAGCUCGAAGGCUCUCGUCACUCUCUUCUUCGCAUUUCAGGCCUACGAUUGCUUCUUCUUUGCCCGGUUCUCACAACAUCAUUGAUUCCACUGAUUCUAAUGAUUUCAGAUCCGGUGGAUUCUUCAAUACUUUUCCCAUCGGACCUCACUUUGAUCGCAACUCUAGAGGUUUCGCUUCUGAUGCAUUAAGUUCAAUGAAGGAAACCAACUUAGUUCCAGAUGUUCCUGCUACUGUAGCAGCCGUUAAAAACCCUACUUCAAAGAUAGUCUAUGACGAAUACAAUCAUGAACGAUUUCCUCCGGGUGACCCCAGCAAGCGUGCAUUUGCUUAUUUCGUCUUGUCAGGUGGUCGGUUUGUCUAUGCUUCUUUGAUCCGUCUCCUUGUUCUCAAGUUUGUUCUUAGCAUGUCUGCCAGUAAGGACGUUCUUGCCCUUGCCUCGCUUGAGGUCGACCUCUCAAGCAUUGAGCCUGGUUCUACUGUGACGGUUAAGUGGCGUGGAAAACCAGUAUUCAUCAGAAGACGAACGGAGGAGGAUAUUAAGUUAGCUAAUAGCGUCGACAUUGGAACUCUUCGUGACCCUCAACAGGAUGGGGAGAGAGUUAAAGAUCCAGAAUGGCUUAUUGUGGUUGGCGUGUGCACGCAUCUUGGUUGCAUUCCGUUGCCCAAUGCUGGUGAUUUUGGUGGGUGGUUCUGUCCGUGCCAUGGUUCCCAUUACGAUGUCUCCGGUAGGAUCCGUAAAGGACCAGCACCCUACAAUUUGGAGGUACCUACUUACACCUUUUUGGAAGAUAACAAGCUUUUGAUUGGUUAAGAUAAGAAGAAGAAAUGAAGCUCUUUUUUCUGGGUUUGUGUAGUAGUGGUUUUGGAACCUUCAUCAAUGAUAUGAUAAUGUCGAAGAUUUACUGCAGACAUAUUUUUAUUAAUUUUAUUUCUUUUCUCAAUUGCUUUGAGUUGAUCUUUUUCUUUAUGCAAUGAGAAUACUGUAACUUCCGUAUCUUGGUGCAUUAAUGUAUCUGAAUAAGUUGCUUCAUAAUGGGCGGUUGCCCCAUUAAGUGAUUGGAGAUCUUUUCAA